GUUGACUGGCUUGAGUGUCUUCUCAUUACUCUGCUUGUCCACACCAGCAAUGAAAUUUGUGAUCAUUUCAUGCCACGGGUCCUCAGACCUAGGGGUAGACAAAGCUAAAUGAAGGGUUAAGACCGAGGUCCAUGAGCACCCAGCUCAGUUGGACAGCGCAGAUGCUUGCCCAGGGUGUUCAACGUCACCGAGGCCCUGAAGAGCGCCCCCUGCUGGACCGCACCGACAAUUCCAGGCCCGAUUCCCCAGCUUCGGAUGACCGAAGUGGAACCUCCUAGCUUGUUGCUUAGCAACGAAUGCUACAGGGACGCUAGAGCUCCCUGUUCAGAGCGAGCACAGGCUCAGCGAGCUGAGAGCGCCAAUCCGCAGCGGACCUUGUGUCUCUGGUCUCCAGACCCCGGGUGUCCCGCAGCAGCGACCCGGGGCGCCGUGCGCGACCCGGCCAGACCUCGCCGCCAUGAGCAGCGAGCAGGAUAAAGUAUCUGGUAAAGAAAAAUCCAAGACCCCAGUGAGAUUCCUACCACAGUUGUCUAUGGACAAACCAGCCAGCAAAGAAAAACCCAAACUACCAGCAAGAGUUUUACCACAAUUAACUACGACAGGAAUUAAGCCCCAGUGGCAGCAGGCGGCUCCUUCAUUCCAUUUGUCUCUAAAACAGGAUGACCAGAUUCCAGAACCCUUUAGUGUUAAAAAUGAGCAGUCAUAUGCUGAAUACCUACAGCACUUUGGAAGAAAAGGCAAAUUAUUGGACCAAAUUGAAGACAACCGUGCUGGACCAUCUACUUCCAAAUCAAAGGCCAAAUCUCCACAAAAAGAACGAGAAAACUUCAGAAGCACUCUUGUGAAUGUCAUCAUGCAACAAGUUGAUGGUUUAGACUCAGCUGUUACCAAUGAAAACGUGAUUUCAAGAAUGACCACUUCUGCAAUAGAGAAAGACAUUUUGAAGUAUUAUUAUUAUAUUCACCAUGGAAUUGAUACAGAUCACAUAGCCCCAAUGGAGGAUUCUUGGCUAGAACAUGUGUUGGAUUUAGUUCCACAGCAUCUGAAAGCCCUCACUGACAGCAUAAUGCUGCUCUCAGAUGAGAUGAGACAAGAUUAUCUUCUCAGUAUAAAGAAAUCCAUAGUUGAUUUUGUUUUAAAAGACCCGAGAGAAAAAGAUGAUGAUACAAAGGCAAGCAAGCUUCCACCUCAUCGUGCUGAAAUGGAAGUUCUUCCAAAACCUUGGCGAAAAUCUUUCUUAUCUGCGUAUAAUUAUAUUAGGGAUCACUUGAAUGCCAUGAACCCUACGAUGCUGGCUGUGCUAGAUUUGUGGCACAGCACUUUUAAAAAACUACGUUUAGUUGACAUAGAAGAAUUUCAUAACUGCCAGGAUGCCCUGGAGCUGGCAGGCUUUCAGAACAUUGUCAUUAGACACAUGGAAUCUGCCAAGGACACUCUGCUUAAAACGUGGUUUCCAGAAGUGCAGAAUAUUUAUUACCAAGGUAAUAAAAAAAAGCAAUUGCCAACUGGUGACAGCAGUGCCAAAUUGGAGUCUUUUUUCAAUUGUGCUGCUACCCUCAUGACUCUACAGCUUCAGGACCUCACUUUGGUCUCCAUGCAAGAUUUCACAGACUUAAUUGCACAACCCCCAGACUCUGUUAGAGCUUUUGAACAUCCAGGUUUCAUCAUGAGGUUGAUUCUUGAAAAUAAUGCCAUUAAAUUUGAACCUGAGUUUUCUGACUACAUAGAUAUCCUUGUAAAUGUUUAUGAAAUCAUGAUUAAGGCUGUCAGUUUUGUGCCGAGAGUUGAGACAAAAUUGUAUUCCAAGUGGGAAAGUAAGUCUAAGCCAACAACCCUGAAGCCCAUAAUUCUGAAUGAGAUUGUAGAAGCUCACAAACAAAAGAUUAGGGAGGUGGUUCUAAAAGAGAGCAUAGCGCCUAAUGAGCACCUCACACUCUAUGACAAGUACCAGUUUUUGGUUACUAAAAAAGCUGAGCGGGAUGUUGACAAAUUCCUUGCAGAAAAUCCAAGUUAUGAGAAACUAAAAGAGGAAAUUCUCAAAUACCAGAAACUAACAGAGGAAAUACAGUAUACAUCUCCAAAGACUGUUCGUUUAGGAAUGUUUGAAAUACACUGUGAGGACUUGAUCAGAGCUUUGGUUAAGAGAGCAGAUGUCAUUACUGGGAGGCUUAUAGCUAAAAUGUUCCAAGACCAUCAGGAUGUAAAUACAAGAUUAUGUGAAGAGUUUGAGAAGAUAGCUGAGAAAGCUCUUAGCACUCCUCUGAAUACAGCAGAGCUCAUGGAAAUGAAGGCUCACAUUCAGAAAGUGGAGUCAACGGGCAUGGUUGAACUGGGACAGAGAUUAGUGGAUUCUAAGAACUGCCUGGCCUUCCUCAUUGAGCAUGUUAACUUUUCUUCUGCAGACAUAAGACUAAAUAAUAGUGUUUUCCAGUGGUAUGCCAGAAUGGGAGGAAUUUUUGAAGAACACAGGAAAAUCAUUAAAGAUAAAACAGAACAAUAUCAAGAAGGCCUUAAGUUACGAUGUGAACGGUUCGUGGAGGAACUGGAGAGUUAUGCUAAACAGGCAGAAGAAUUUCAUACAUUUGGGGACCUGCAGGAUGUCCAGAGGUAUCUGAAGAAGGCUCAGAUAUUGAAUAGCAAGCUGGAUGCUGCAGCAGACAAGAUCGAGCAGUUUAAUGCUGAAGAGGAAGCAUUUGGCUGGAUCCCAUCAGUGUAUCCGCAACAUAAAAAAAUCCAAGAUGGUUUGAACCCUUAUCUCCGUCUCUAUGAAACUGCCGUAGAGUUUAGUGGCAAACAUAGAGGGUGGACAGAAGGACCAUAUCACAAGAUGAACCCAGACCAAGUAGAAGCAGAUGUUGGAAAUUACUGGAGGGGAUUAUAUAAACUGGAGAAAGGCUUCUAUGAUUCUCCAAAUGCAUUGGCAAUGACGAAGAAAAUAAGGUCAAGGGUGGAAGAAUUCAAGCAGUACAUUCCACUCAUCCAGGUGAUCUGUAAUCCUGGUUUGCGCCCCAGGCACUGGGAGGCCAUGUCAGCCAUUGUUGGCUACCCCCUGCAACCAGCAGAGGACUCCACUGUCUUCUCCUUUAUAGAAAUGAAUCUGGGGCCAUAUUUAGACAGAUUUGAAGGCAUCAGUGAAGCAGCUAGCAAAGAAUAUUCUCUUGAAAAGGCCCUGAAUAAGAUGAUUACUGAAUGGGAUUCAAUGGAAUUCAACGUUCUUCCUUACAGAGAGAGUGGAACUUUUAUUUUGUCAUCAGUUGAUGAAAUUCAGAUGUUGCUGGAUGAUCACAUUAUCAAAACACAAACUAUGCGAGGAUCUCCUUUCAUCAAGCCUUAUGAAAAACAAAUAAGAGAAUGGGAGGGCAAGCUGCUGCUGCUGCAGGAGAUCCUGGACGAAUGGCUCAAGGUCCAAGCCACCUGGCUCUAUCUAGAACCUAUUUUCAGCUCUCCCGACAUCAUGUCACAAAUGCCUGAAGAGGGCAGGCGAUUUGCUGCCGUGGAUAAAACCUGGAGAGAUAUACUGAAAGCUGUUGUACAAAAUAAACAUGUUCUUGUGGUUGUGAUUAUUGAGAGAAUGCUGGAGAGGCUGAAAAAAUCAAAUGAACUUUUGGAACUCAUUCUUAAAGGGCUUAAUGAAUAUUUGGAAAAGAAGCGUCUCUUCUUCCCCAGGUUUUUUUUCUUGUCAAAUGAUGAACUUCUUGAGAUAUUAUCUGAGACUAAAGAUCCCACUAGAGUUCAACCUCAUUUGAAGAAAUGUUUUGAAGGAAUUGCAAAGGUAGAAUUUACAGAAACUUUAGACAUUACACAUAUGAAGAGCAGUGAAGGAGAAGUUGUGGAACUCAUAGAGACCAUUUCAACAGCCAGAGCCAGAGGUCAAGUGGAGAAGUGGUUGGUUGAGUUAGAGAGAAUUAUGAUUAACUCCAUCCAUAAGGUGAUUAGAGAUGCAAUUGCUGCUUAUACAAAAAAUGAAAGAAUUAAUUGGGUAAGAGAUUGGCCUGGACAGACUGUUCUCUGUGUAUCUCAAACCUUUUGGACAUCAGAAGUUCAAACUGCUAUACCAAAGGGGUUAAAGGCUCUUGAGGAAUACUUGGACCAAUGUAACAAUCAAAUUGAUGAUAUUGUCACUUUGGUGCGUGGCAAACUGUCCAAGCAGAACCGUGUCACUCUGGGAGCCCUUGUGGUCUUGGAUGUACAUGCUAGAGAUGUUCUUGCAAGUCUUGUGAGAAAGGACAUUAGUGACGACUCCGACUUUGAAUGGUUAAGUCAGCUUAGGUACUAUUGGCAAGAAAAUCAUUUAGAAACAAAGAUGAUCAGUGCUGGUUUGCGAUACGGCUAUGAAUAUCUGGGCAAUUCCCCUAGACUGGUUAUAACACCACUCACGGAUCGAUGCUACAGGACCCUAUUUGGAGCCCUUCACCUGCACCUUGGAGGAGCACCUGAAGGUCCAGCUGGCACCGGAAAGACAGAAACUACCAAGGACUUAGCAAAAGCUGUAGCCAAACAAUGCAUUGUUUUCAACUGCUCUGAUGGGCUGGAUUAUUUGGCUUUAGGAAAAUUCUUUAAGGGACUGUUAUCUUGUGGCGCCUGGGCUUGCUUUGAUGAGUUUAACAGAAUUGAUUUGGAAGUACUUUCCGUGGUUGCUCAACAAAUCCUUACUAUCCAAAGAGGUAUUAAUGCAGGCACUAAAAUACUAGUGUUUGAAGGAACCGAACUAAAACUUGACCCCACAUGUGCUGUCUUUAUUACAAUGAACCCUGGGUAUGCUGGGCGGUCAGAGCUGCCAGAUAAUCUGAAGGCUCUCUUUCGGACGGUAGCGAUGAUGGUCCCUGACUACGCCAUGAUUGCAGAGAUAGUCCUGUACUCCUGCGGCUUUGUCACUGCUCGUCCGCUGUCAGUAAAAAUUGUGGCUACCUAUCGCCUGUGCUCAGAGCAGCUGUCCUCUCAACAUCACUACGACUAUGGAAUGCGUGCCGUCAAGUCUGUACUCACAGCUGCUGGGAAUCUAAAGCUGAAAUAUCCAAAUGAAAAUGAAGAAAUUUUGCUACUUAGAUCUAUUAUUGAUGUAAAUCUGCCAAAGUUUUUAUCCCAUGAUUUACCACUCUUUGAGGGAAUUACAUCAGAUUUGUUUCCUGGGGUAAAAUUACCAAAACCAGAUUAUAAUGACUUGCUGACAGCUAUCAAAGACAACUGUGUUUCCAUGAAUUUGCAAAUGACCUCAUUCUUUUCUGAGAAAAUCCUUCAGAUAUAUGAAAUGAUGAUUGUGCGUCAUGGUUUUAUGAUUGUUGGAGAACCAUUUGGAGGGAAAACCAGUGCAUACCGUGUUUUAGCUGGAGCAUUAGGUGACAUAUGUGAAAAGGGGCUAAUGGAAGAAAACAAGGUUCAAAUAACUGUUUUAAACCCCAAGUCUGUGACCAUGGGCCAGUUAUAUGGACAGUUUGAUUUAGUGUCCCACGAGUGGUCUGAUGGAGUCCUUGCUGUCAGCUUUAGAGCAUUUGCAUCUUCCUCGACUCCAGAUAGGAAGUGGCUAGUUUUUGAUGGGCCAGUGGAUGCCGUGUGGAUUGAGAACAUGAACACAGUGCUGGAUGACAACAAGAAACUGUGUCUGAUGAGUGGGGAGAUUAUUCAGAUGUCACCACAAAUGAAUCUGAUUUUUGAACCAAUGGAUUUAGAAGUUGCAUCUCCUGCCACUGUUUCCCGAUGUGGCAUGAUUUACAUGGAGCCCCACAUGCUGGGCUGGAGACCACUUAUGGUGUCGUGGGUAAAUGUUUUACCACCAUCAGUCAGUGUCAUUCAGAAAGAGUUCAUAGAAGGCUUAUUUGACAGAAUGGUCCCUGUUUCUGUUGAAUUUAUUAGAAGGCAUACAAAGGAACUAUCUCCUACUUCAGAUACAAACUUGGUCCGAUCCUUAAUGAAUCUGAUAGAUUGUUUUAUGGAUGACUUUGCUGAUGAAGUCAAACAAAGAGAAAGAAAUGAUCGUGAAACUUUCUCUUUACUUGAGGGCAUUUUUCUGUUUUCGUUGAUCUGGUCUAUUGGUGCUUCUUGUACAGAUGAAGAUCGACUGAAAUUUAGUAAGAUUCUUCGAGAGCUAAUGGAAGGUCCAAUUUCAGACCUAACUCGAAAUAAGUUUAAAUUGCAAAGUGGUACUGAACAAACAUCCACAAAGUCAUUAACUGUGCCAUUUCCUGAAAAGGGAACAAUUUACGAUUAUCAGUUUAUCCCUGAGGGAAUAGGAAGAUGGGAACCAUGGAUAAAGAAAUUAGGAGAUGCUCCUCCAAUUCCCAAAGACGUGCUGUUUAAUGAAAUCAUCGUGCCAACUCUGGAUACAGUUCGAUAUUCUGCUCUGAUGAAUUUGCUUACCACUCAUCAGAAACCUUCAAUCUUUGUAGGACCAACAGGAACUGGAAAGAGUGUCUACAUCAUCAAUUUUCUUCUAAAUCAACUCAAUAAGGAGAUCUACAAACCUCUGAUAAUUAACUUCUCAGCACAAACUACAGCAGCCCAAACUCAGAAUAUUAUUAUGUCAAAACUGGACAAAAGAAGAAAGGGUGUUUUUGGUCCUCCUUUGGGCAAGAGGAUGGUUGUCUUUGUAGACGAUGUCAAUAUGCCUGCUCUGGAGGUCUAUGGGGCUCAACCUCCCAUUGAGUUGCUUAGACAGUGGUUAGAUCACUGGAAUUGGUACGACCUCAAAGAUUGUUCUGUGAUUAAACUAGUGGACAUCCAGAUCAUGUGUGCUAUGGGACCUCCAGGUGGCGGCCGAAAUCCAAUAACUCCUCGCUAUAUGAGACAUUUUAAUAUUAUAACAAUCAAUGAAUUCAGUGAUAAAUCCAUGUUUACAAUCUUCUCUAAAAUCCUAACCUGGCACUUAAGAACCUGUUUUAAGUUUCCAGAUGAUUUUCUAGAUUUGACCACACAAAUUGUGAAUGGCACAAUGACUCUGUACAAAGAUGCCAUGAAGAAUCUCCUGCCUACUCCUGCCAAAUCCCACUACUUGUUCAACCUUCGUGACUUCUCCCGUGUCAUUCAGGGUGUUUGUUUGUCAAGACCAGAAACAGCAGAAAACAAAGAAGCGAUCAAACGUCUCUGGGUUCAUGAGGUCCUCAGAGUGUACUAUGAUCGCCUGCUGGAUAAUGCGGACAGAAGCUGGCUUAUUAACUACAUACAAGAGAUCCUGAAAAAUUACAUGCAAGAAGAUUUUCAUGACCUUUUUCAAAACUUGGACUUCGAUAACGAUGGAAAAGUAGAUGAGGAUGAUUUAAGAAGUUUAAUGUUUUGUGAUUUCCAUGACCCCAGGAGGGAAGACACCAGCUACAGGGAAAUCAAAGAUGUAGAUAAUCUCCGAGUGAUUGUAGAAGGUCACCUAGAAGAAUAUAACAACGUGAGCAAGAAACCCAUGAAUCUGGUCCUGUUCCGGUUUGCAAUCGAACACAUCAGCAGAAUCUCUCGGAUCUUGAAGCAGCCGCGAAGCCAUGCACUCCUGGUUGGUGUUGGUGGGAGCGGAAGGCAGUCUGUCACCAGAUUAGCUGCACACAUGGCUGAUUAUUCCGUUUUCCAGGUUGAAAUCUCCAAGGGCUACGGUAGCCACGAGUGGCACGAAGAUUUAAAGGUGAUCUUGAGGAAAUGCUCUGAAGGCGAAAUGCAGGGGGUCUUUCUGUUCACAGACACUCAGAUUAAAAGAGAAUCCUUUUUAGAAGAUGUCAACAAUCUACUGAAUGCUGGGGAAGUUCCAAAUCUCUUUGCACUAGAUGAGAAGCAAGAGAUAUGUGAAAAGAUGCGGCAAUUAGAUCGCCAGCGGGAUAAAACCAAGCAAACCGACGGCAGCCCCAUAGCUCUUUUCAACAUGUUCAUCGAUCGUUGCCGCAACCAGCUGCACGUGGUCCUGGCCAUGAGCCCCAUCGGGGAUGCAUUUCGGAUUCGUCUUAGGAAAUUCCCUGCUCUUGUUAACUGCUGUACCAUUGACUGGUUUCAGUCAUGGCCAGAAGAUGCAUUGGAGGCAGUUGCUUCGAGAUUCCUGGAAGAAAUUGAAAUGGCAGAGGAAAUCCGGGAAGGCUGUAUUGAGAUGUGUAAGAGCUUCCACACGUCUACUAUCAACUUAUCCACAUCCUUCCGUACUGAACUUCAAAGAUAUAACUAUGUGACUCCCACCUCUUAUCUUGAAUUAAUCUCCACCUUCAAACUGUUGUUAGAAAAGAAAAGAAAUGAAGUAAUGAAAAUGAAAAGGAGGUAUGAAGUGGGUUUGGAUAAGAUGGACUCUGCCUCGUCUCAGGUAGCCACCAUGCAGAUUGAGCUGGAGGCGCUGCAUCCUCAGUUAAAAGUUGCCAGCAGAGAGGUCGAUGAAAUGAUGAUAAUCAUUGAGAGGGAGUCCAUGGAGGUUGCCAAAACAGAAAAGAUCGUGAAAGCCGAUGAAAUAAUAGCAAAUGAUCAAGCCAUGGCCGCCAAAGCCAUCAAAGAUGAGUGUGACGCAGACUUGGCAGAAGCCCUACCCAUCCUGGAGUCAGCUCUGGCCGCCCUUGAUACUCUGACUGCACAGGAUAUCACGGUGGUGAAAUCCAUGAAGAGUCCUCCUGCUGGUGUGAAGCUUGUUAUGGAAGCCAUAUGUAUUCUGAAAGGCAUCAAAGCUGACAAAAUCCCGGACCCGACAGGCUCUGGGAAAAAAAUUGAGGAUUUCUGGGGCCCAGCUAAGAGACUUCUUGGGGACAUAAGGUUUCUGCAGUCACUUCAUGAAUAUGACAAGGACAAUAUUCCUCCAGCUUAUAUGAAUAUCAUACGAAAAAGUUAUAUUCCAAACCCAGAUUUUGUUCCAGAAAAGAUCCGCAAUGCUUCAACAGCUGCUGAGGGUCUGUGCAAGUGGGUGAUCGCCAUGGAUUCCUACGACAAAGUGGCAAAAAUAGUAGCACCCAAAAAGAUAAAACUGGCCGCUGCUGAAGGGGAGCUUAAAAUCGCUAUGGGUGGUCUCAGGAAGAAGCAGGCUGCCCUGCACGAAGUUCAGGACAAGCUGGCCAGGCUUCAAGACACACUUGAGUUAAACAAACAGAAGAAAGUUGACUUGGAAAACCAGGUUGACUUGUGCAGCAAAAAACUAGAACGGGCGGAACAGCUGAUUGGGGGCCUGGGAGGUGAGAAAACCCGGUGGAGCCACACAGCUUUGGAGCUCGGGCAGAUGUACAUCAACCUGACCGGAGAUAUCCUCAUCUCCUCUGGGGUUGUCGCCUACCUGGGAGCCUUUACGUCUAACUACAGACAGAACCAAACCAAGGAGUGGACAACUUUGUGCAAAGGAAGAGAUAUCCCCUGCUCAGAUGAAUAUUCUCUUAUGGGUACUCUGGGAGAAGCUGUGGCAAUUCGAACUUGGAAUAUUGCUGGAUUACCCUCAGACUCAUUUUCCAUUGAUAAUGGGAUCAUUAUUAUGAAUGCAAGAAGGUGGCCUCUGAUGAUAGAUCCUCAAGGUCAGGCUAAUAAAUGGAUCAAGAACAUGGAGAAAGCCAACAGUCUUCAGCUAAUUAAACUUAAUGAUCCUGACUAUGUCAGGACUCUGGAAAAUUGCAUCCAAUUUGGCACUCCUGUGUUGCUAGAAAAUGUUGGAGAAGAAUUGGAUCCAGUUCUGGAGCCUCUUCUACUGAAGCAAACCUUCAAGCAGGGUGGGAGUUUGUGCAUCCGGCUUGGAGACUCUACCAUUGAGUAUGCCCCCGACUUCCGCUUCUACAUCACCACAAAACUGAGAAACCCGCACUACCUCCCUGAGACGUCAGUCAAGGUGACAUUGUUAAACUUCAUGAUAACUCCAGAGGGAAUGCAAGAUCAGCUUUUGGGAAUUGUGGUGGCGCGAGAAAGGCCAGACCUUGAAGAAGAAAAGCAAGCCUUGAUACUGCAAGGAGCUGAAAACAAAAGGCAGUUAAAAGAAAUAGAAGACAAGAUUUUAGAAGUUCUUUCAUCUUCAGAAGGCAAUAUAUUAGAAGAUGAAACUGCUAUUAAGAUAUUAUCUUCCUCCAAGGCUUUGGCUAAUGAGAUUUCUCAAAAGCAGGAAGUAGCUGAGGAGACAGAGAAAAAGAUUGAUGCCAUGCGAAUGGGCUAUCGCCCAAUUGCCAUCCAUUCCUCUAUCCUGUUUUUCUCCAUUGCUGAUUUAGCCAACAUUGAACCCAUGUAUCAGUAUUCGCUGAUCUGGUUCAUUAACCUUUUCAUCCUGUCCAUUGAAAAUUCAGAGAAAUCAGAAGUCUUAUCAAAAAGGCUCCAAAUUCUCAAGGAUCACUUCACUUACUUACUCUAUGUCAAUGUCUGCCGGUCACUUUUUGAAAAGGACAAGAUGCUUUUUUCCUUUUGUCUAACUGUGAAUCUGCUGAUACAUGACAAUGCGAUUAACAAAAAUGAGUGGAGAUUUCUGCUCACUGGUGGCAUUGGUCUGGAUAAUCCUCAUACUAACCCUUGCACAUGGCUUCCUCAAAAGUCCUGGGAUGAGAUCUGCCGGCUAGAUGACAUACCUACCUUCAAGACCAUUCGUAGGGAGUUUAUGCGCUUAAAGGAUGGGUGGAAAAAAGUAUAUGAUAGUUUGGAGCCACAUCAUGAGAUGUUCCCUGAAGAAUGGGAGAAUAAAGCAAAUGACUUUCAAAGGAUGCUUAUCAUUCGUUGCUUGAGGCCAGACAAGGUUAUUCCAAUGUUGCAGGAAUUCAUAAUCAAGAAAUUGGGGCGCCCAUUCGUUGAGCCACCCCCCUUUGACCUGUCCAAGGCAUUUGGGGACAGUAACUGUUGUGCACCAUUGAUUUUUGUGCUCUCUCCUGGAGCAGAUCCCAUGGCUGCCCUUCUGAAAUUCGCUGAUGAUCAGGGGUAUGGGGGAUCAAAACUUAGUUCUUUAUCUCUUGGCCAAGGCCAAGGGCCCAUUGCUAUGAAGAUGUUAGAAAAAGCUGUCAAGGAAGGGACAUGGGUCGUUCUUCAGAACUGUCACCUUGCCACCUCUUGGAUGCCAACGCUUGAGAAAGUUUGUGAGGAGUUAAGACCUGAAUCAACACAUCCUGAUUUCCGAAUCUGGCUGACAAGUUAUCCAUCCCCAAAUUUCCCUGUGUCAGUGCUACAGAAUGGAGUGAAAAUGACCAACGAAGCGCCGAAAGGUUUACGGGCCAAUAUCAUCCGAUCAUACCUCAUGGACCCGAUCUCUGACCCCGAGUUCUUUGGCAGCUGCAAAAAGCCUGAGGAAUUCAAGAAAUUGCUUUAUGGCCUCUGUUUCUUUCAUGCUUUGGUACAAGAGAGACGCAAGUUUGGACCCCUGGGAUGGAAUAUUCCUUAUGAAUUCAAUGAGACAGAUCUAAGAAUCAGUGUACAGCAACUUCACAUGUUCCUGAACCAGUAUGAGGAACUCCCUUACGAUGCUCUGCGGUACAUGACUGGGGAAUGCAAUUAUGGAGGCCGGGUGACUGACGACUGGGACCGGCGCACACUGCGCAGCAUUCUGAACAAAUUCUUCUGCACAGAAUUAGUUGAAAAUCCAGACUACAAAUUUGACUCAAGUGGCAUCUAUUUUGUCCCUCCUUCUGGCGAUCACAAAAGCUACAUUGAUUACACAAAGACCCUGCCACUGACCCCAGCACCAGAGAUCUUUGGGAUGAACGCCAAUGCAGACAUCACUAAAGAUCAGUCAGAAACGCAGCUGCUGUUCGACAACAUUCUUCUUACCCAGUCUCGCUCAUCAGGUUCUGGUACAAAGUCAUCAGAUGAAGUAGUAAAUGACGUCACUGGUGACAUCCUGGGGAAACUUCCAAACAACUUUGAUGUGGAGGCUGCAAUGAGGAGAUACCCAACAACUUACACUCAGAGCAUGAACACCGUGCUUGUCCAAGAGAUGGGACGCUUCAAUAAGCUGCUGAUAACUAUAAGAGAGUCAUGCAUUAAUAUUCAAAAAGCAAUCAAGGGGCUUGUUGUGAUGUCCACAGAGCUUGAAGAAGUGGUCAGCAGCAUUCUAAAUGUCAAAAUACCAGGACUGUGGAUGGGUAAAUCCUACCCAAGCCUAAAGCCACUUGGCAGCUAUGUGAAUGACUUCCUCGCACGACUAAAAUUCCUGCAGCAAUGGUAUGAGGUUGGGCCUCCCCCAGUCUUUUGGCUCUCUGGCUUCUUCUUCACACAAGCCUUCCUGACUGGUGCACAGCAGAACUAUGCCAGAAAAUUCACGAUUCCCAUCGAUCUCCUUGGUUUUGACUACGAAGUGAUGGAUGACAAAGAAUAUAAGAAUGCUCCUGAGGAUGGUGUUUACAUUUGUGGAUUAUUUCUGGAUGGAGCUUCCUGGAAUAGGAAGAUCAAGAAACUUGCAGAGUCACAUCCUAAAAUUCUUUAUGAUACAGUCCCUGUGAUGUGGCUAAAGCCUUGUAAGAGGAUAGACAUACCAGAACGACCGAGUUAUGUUGCCCCACUGUACAAGACAAGUGAACGGAGAGGAACAUUAUCCACCACUGGCCACUCCACAAAUUUUGUGAUUGCCAUGACUCUUCCCUCUGACCAGCCCAAGGAGCACUGGAUUGGACGGGGUGUAGCUCUGCUGUGUCAACUUAACUCAUGAUCUGAAGGUGUCAUCACUUCGUUCCUUCUUCUUAUUAGACUGAGAACAUAUUUUACUGUUAAUUUUUUUUUUUUUUUUGCUUAAAUAAACUUGACUAACAUUCUUAGUUGUGAACUUAUUCUGGCCUACUUAAAAUACUAAAAUGAUCUAUUCUGUAAGGAAGUGAUCUGAAACAGAGACUAAAGAAA